CGGACAUGAGUAGGGACGGGCAGAGGUUGCAGAGCGAUCUGGCUGAUGGGCACCAGUGCUUGGUGUGGGGGUGAGUGCAUGUCCUGGCCAGCAGCAGGGACCCUGCUCCUCCCCAGGCAGUGAGAUAAGGGUGCUCCUGCCCCAAGGAGUGGGGCUGUGCUGCCAUGACAGUCUCCUACACACUGAAAGUCGCCAACUCCCGUUUUUGGGGCUUCUCCAAGCUGCUUUUCCGUUGGAAGGGCAGCAUCUACAAGCUGCUCUACAAGGAGUUCAUCGUCUUUGUGGUGCUGUAUGCACUGCUCAGCAUCAUCUACCGGCGGCUGCUGACCGAGGAACAGAAGCGUCUCUACACCAAGGUGGCUGAGUACUGCAACCGCUCCACGGACCUCAUCCCCAUGUCCUUUGUCCUAGGCUUUUAUGUCACCCUGAUUGUGAAUCGGUGGUGGGCACAGUACACCAGCAUCCCACUGCCUGACCAGCUCAUGUGUGUCAUCUCCAGCAACGUCCACGGCAAGGACGAGCGGGGUCGGAUCCUGCGGCGCACCCUGGUGCGCUACGCCAACCUGUCGGCCGUCCUCAUCCUACGCUCCGUCAGCACCAGGGUGCUCAAACGCUUCCCCACCAUGGACCAUGUGGUGGAAGCUGGCUUCAUGACGCAGGAUGAGCGCAAGCAGUUUGAGAGCCUGUACUCAGACUUCAACAAGUACUGGAUCCCCUGCGUCUGGUUCACCAACCUGGCAGCCCAGGCACGGCGCGAUGGCCGCAUCCGUGAUGACGUUGCCCUGCGUCUGCUGAUGGAUGAGCUGAACCUGUUCCGGGCCAAGUGCAGCAUGCUGUUCCACUACGACUGGAUCAGCAUCCCACUGGUGUACACACAGGUGGUUACCAUUGCUGUGUACUCCUUCUUUGCCUUCUGCCUCAUUGGGAGGCAGUUCCUGGAGCCGCUGGAGCCAGGGCAGGAGGGGGACCUGGAUAUGUACGUCCCUCUCUCUACCCUCCUCCAGUUCUUCUUCUACGCUGGCUGGCUGAAGGUUGCAGAGCAGAUCAUUAACCCUUUUGGGGAAGAUGAUGAUGACUUUGAGACCAAUAAAUUGAUAGACAGAAACCUGCAGGUGUCCCUGCUGUCGGUGGAUGACAUGUACCAGAACCUGCCACCAGCCACCAAGGACAAGUACUGGAACGAGUCCGUGGCUCAGCCCCCCUACACCAUAGCCACUGCCGCCGAGACUCUGAAGCCCUCCUUCCUGGGCUCCACCUUUGACAUGCGCAUGACCGAGGACAUGGAGCAGAGCCAGACGGUGGAGGCCUCGCCGAACAUGGCCCGCACGCAGACCCCGCUGCUCAGCCGCUUCCUCGCCGCCGCAUCCCCUGCCAUCAGCAUCAAAAAUUUUGGUCGAGGCGGCCGAGCCACCCCUCACCUGCGGCGUGCCAGGGGGGACAGCAGUGCCCACAGCGAGGACCCCGAGGCUGUCAGCCGCAUCGAGGAGGAGGAGACGGAGGAUGAGGAGAGCCAGAGGGGCAGCCCCCACUCCCCAAAGGCCUCCAAUAAGCAGGAGAAGCUGCCACUGAUCCAGGUGGAGGCACCAUCCACAGAGAGCAUUGAAAUUGAGCAGCCAGGGGCUGGGGAGCCAUGAGGAGGUGGAAGAGCCCUGUCCCAAUGCACCCCUGGCCAGAAGCAGGACCUCACCAGUCCUGAACCAGGGUUUGUCCCCAGGGUGGGGGGGAGGUGCUGAUGGGUCGGGGCGAUGCCACCACUUGCAGCUGGCCAGGCACACUGCCUGCUGCCAAAGGGACAGCCCAAGCACUGAGCCAGGUCAGAGCAAAUGUGUUCAGCACCGUGCUGGAAUGUACCCUCAAUGUUAAUAAAGUUCUUGCCAGCCUUGGA